GACGAAGCUCCGAAAAUAUUUAACCUCACUCUUCAGAAAUACCUCUCGCAAGCGAGGAACGUGGAACAAACUAGUACCUAGGUGGACAUCAUGACAAGCUCAAUCAAAAAUGUCGUUGUAGUCGGGGCGUCGGGAAACCUUGGCAAGGAAGUUGUCGAGGAACUCAUUAAAGCGAAUUUCAAUGUGACGGCAUUCACACGCGAGAACUCCACGUCCACCUUUCCCCCAAACGUGACCGUCAAGAAAGUCAAUUAUCAGUCGGUCGAAUCCUUGACUACAGCCUUGGAGGGACAAGAUGCUGUAGUAUCCACUAUCGCGACCGUAGCUAUUGGUAGUCAGACUGCACUAGUCGACGCCGCUCUAGCAGCCAAGGUCAAGCGAUUCAUCCCCUCGGAGUUUGGCGUCAAUACCAGAAUUCUGGGUGACACCGCGAUUGGUACCAUUCUCCAAGGCAAGGUCAAGACCCUUGAUUACAUCAAUGGCAAGUCGCAAGAAAACCCAUGGUUCACAUGGACGGGCAUCUCGAGCGGGUUAUUUUUCGACUGGGGACUCAAGUACGGAACAAACGGGUUCAAUAAAGAUACUAAAACUGCAGUCAUCUACGACUCGGGGAACGAACCUGUGCAAGCUUCGAAUCUGGCCUUCGUUGGUAAGGCCAUCGUUGCCAUCUUAUCCCAGCCAGAUAAGACAGCUAACCAAUAUCUUACCAUCGCCUCGUUUAAUCCGUCUCAGAACCAAAUUCUUGAGAUAGUGGAGGCGGAGACGGGAGAGAAAUGGAAGGUGGAUCAUGCUAGUACAGCUGAGCAGGAAAAGAUCGGGUUGGAAAAGUUGAGCAAAGGGGAUUACAGCGCCUUCUCUAACCUCUUACGGAGGCGUGUCUAUGCGGAUGGUGCCAACCAUGCUGUCAAAGGAGACAAAAAUGCGGCGACCACCCUUGGGCUUCAGGAAGAAGAUCUAGCAGCAACCGUCAAGGCAUGGCUACAUAAUUAAGCAAAAUUAGGUGCAGCAGGGAAUAGAUACCUAGGUAGCACGUCUGUUGAAAGUUAGAAUGGCAGGCCAAUGUUCUACAAUGACCCGGAUUUCCCAU